AUGAGUUACGGACAAAGUUACAACAGCUAUCCUGCAUAUGGGGAGGCGCAAUCUAACCCCUAUGCUGGUAACCAGGGCUACAGUCAAAACCAGUAUGGGUAUGGCAACCAGGAUGUUGAGAUGAACCCGGUACAACAGCAACCUGCGGACCCAAACGUGUUAUUUAACGAAAUCAACAAGAUUAAAGAUGGGAUUCAAACUCUGAAAGGCCUCAGGGAGAAUCAGCUUGAAGCGGCCCAAACCUCUUUGCUAGCAUCGGAAUCUCAAAGGGAAGACCAAAACAUCAGGUCGCAUUUGGAUCAAAUCCACAGUGAAAUCACAAAUGGAUACGAGAAACUCAAGAACGAUAUGGCGCGGAUCAAAAAGACCCCUGGGUCAGCCAAUGUCCAGAAACAGCUCGAGACUCAGGGCCGUGCUAUUCGCACUGAAUUUCAAGAAUACCAGAAGAGUCAAACGUCAUUCAAAAGGAAACUGGGGGAGCAGGUGAGUCGACGGAUCAGGAUGGCCGCCGACCCAGAAACACCCGAAGAGGAAAUCCAACGGCAAACCGAGGCUGUCUUGGCUGGCGAUCAACAAACCUUCCAGGUCUCUGGUGCCAGAUCGAAGAAAGCAAAUGAUGUAAAGAAAGCUGUUAUGGACCGUUCGGAUCAAAUCAAGGAGAUCGAGAGGGACAUGGUUGAACUCAGCCGGUUGGUCGUGGAUAUCGACGAACUAGUCUUGCAACACGCUCCAGCGAUCGAAAAUAUUGACCAGGGCGCGGAGAGAGUUGCAGGGGACCUUGGAAACGCUAACGUUCAGCUCGGGCAGGCCGUCCAGAGUGCCCGCAACGCUCGUAAAUGGAAGUGGUACGCCCUAAUUAUCGUUAUUAUCAUCAUUGCCAUCAUCGUGGCUGUUGCCGUUGGUGUCACGCAGACGCAAAAAUAA